CAUGAACGUCACGACAUAUUAGCCCUACGGUCAGAUAUGCCAUGCUGAAGCUGCUUUCUGUUCUUCACACCUGGCAGCCCACAGGUUGUCUGGGACUGGAGCUAAGCGCCUUUCCACCCCCAGCGACUCGGAACACUGGUUCAAGAACCAUCAUUUUAGACUCGAACAUGAAGAUGACGGAGAUUUGGUCCAACAGCAGGUAGCUGACACCAGAUGGCAUGACCCAAAUCACGGCUGGGUCAAUGGCCAGCAGGUCGAGGCUCCUCGCACCUC